AUGACUAUUCAAGCGAAGAAAAUUGUGACAGUAUUCGGAGGAACUGGAAACCAGGGCAGUAGUGUUGCACGUUCCCUGCUGGCACACAAAGAUAAGAUCUUUCACGUCCGUGUAAUCACGAGAGACCCUCAAUCCGACAAAGCGAAAGCUAUUGCGUCGCUUGGGGCGGAGUUAGUCCAGGCAGAUGGACUCAACAUCGGUGAAAUGACCAAUGCCUUUGCUGGGUUCCGAUCGAAAUUCCCAUUCUUGGUGACAAGGAGGCUUACUCAAGUUGUGUGUGCACAGGCUUUGAAGUCAUUGGAUGGUCCUAGUGACUAUGACCUUGGCGUGUCGGUAAUCGAUUCUGCGGAGAAAGCAGGCGUUCAGCAUGUUGUCUAUAGCUCUGGACCAUCCAUCACGAACGCUACGAAAGGCAGAAUGCAUAUCGAAGGCUUCGAGACCAAAUACCACGUUGAGCAAUAUGGGCGUAAGAAACAGUUUACGAGCUUCACUCCCAUUCUAUGUGCCUCUUUUAUGGAGUGCUUCUUUGACGAUUCAUUCGUGGAUGCAUUCGGUGGGUUUCCUUGGAAUCCCGACCCAGAAACAGGAGAAGUGGACUUCCGCACCCCGGACUACGGAGGGAAAGGCGAUAUGCCCUGGGUCAGUUGCGAGGACGAUCUCGGCGACAUUGUGAUUGGUAUCUUUUUGAACCCGUGCAAAUACGAUCAGGUAUUGGUUCAGGCAACGAGCCAACAGAUUACAAUGUCUGAUGUAGCAUCUUCAUAUACACAAGCCACUGGCAUUCCUGCCCGGUACGAGGAAUUGCCAUCCUGGUCCAGUAUUAAGCUCAAUGGGACAAGGUGCCGAGUCGAAACUCGCCAAAUGUUCUGGUACAUGAAGCAUUGUGGUGGCCGGUGGUUUGCAGAACACGAAAGUGAUAUGUCUACUGCGGUCGCAUUGAAAGAAUCAGCAAUGUCGUCUCGGGGCCAGAAGGGAGGUCUUGUUACAUUUAAGACCUGGUUUAAAAAGGCACAAGUCCUGAAAGCCCAAAAUUUGUGA